AUGGCGAGUUCCAAAUGGCAGGGCUCUGUAGAAAGCAAGGUGAUGGCCCCGCUGGAGGGCGUGUGGAAGAUAACAAGUGAUUAUUACGAGGUGAAGAAGUGGUUUCCGGGCAUGAAAUCAUGCGAAAGAGUGGAAGGAGCGCCUGAACAAGGCGUGGGCUCUGUGCGCCGCUGUAUAAUAAGCUUGCCAUCCGAUGAGGAGAGCACCGAAUUUUUCCUCCGAGAGGAACUCCUCGCUCAGGACGAUAGUAAACAUUCAUUUUCUUAUCGCAUGACAGACACCGAUUUGCCGGGCUUUAUUGGGCAUGAGGGUACCAUUGAAUUCUGUGAACUAGCGAAGGAAGAGGGCAACUGUUUGAUGAAAUGGUCUUUCCAGAUGAACCCCAUUAAUGCCGGCCGUAGCAAAGAGGAUGUUGAGGCCCUUAGGAGAUCCAUUCUCACUGGCAUGGUCAACAAUCUGGAACAGCUCACUUCUUCAUAG